GUUUCAGUGGCUGAACAAUCGCGAAAGGCAUCGAAUCGGAAGUGAAUACACAUCUCGAGCUAUGCAUAGUGCACAUAUAUUAUUUUUCGUACUCGGGCUCACAUUCGUUGGCAUUUGGGUUCAAGCCGAGGUCCAAAAACCCAUCACGGAACAAUGCCUGAUCUGUAUGUGUGAGGCUUUGAGUGGCUGCAACGCGACGGCUGUGUGCGUGAAUGGGGCAUGUGGCAUUUUCAGGAUCACUUGGGAUCAGUGGGUGGACUCAGGCAGAUUGACCAUACCUGGCGACUCGCCAUUGACGGAUAGUUCUUUUACCAACUGCGCCAAUGAUCCGUAUUGUGCGGCCGAUACUUUGCAGAGUUAUAUGGUGAAGUACGGACAGGAUUGCAACGAUGAUCAGAAGGAGGACUGUUACGAUUAUGGUGCCAUUCACUAUAUGGGUCCCUUCAACUGCAAGGCGGAUAUGCCCUACACCUACGAGAGCAUUUUCAAACGAUGUUUGAGGAACGCGAUGCGGAAUGACAAGCGUCAGAAUUCCAGCUAGGCCUAAUGCAACUUUUUCUAGUAUUUAGCAACUAACUUAUGAGGAAGAGUCCGUUUAAUUUAUGUGCAAAUAACUCAUAGCUAAUAUAGGCGUUAAUUUCGAUUAAUAAACUAGUGGCUUGGAGUCAACUG